AUGGACGCCUUCAUCGAGCUGCUGACAAAGCUCCUCGCGGCGUACCCGCUGACGACGGUGUCGAUCACCUACUCCAACCAGCAUAAGAAGAACCCCAACAAGGUGGCCAAGCCGGCGCUGAACAAAGUGUCGGUGAAGCUCUACGUCCCCGAGGCGGGCAAAAUCGUCAAGUACCUGACGUUCAAGCUGAAGGAGCUUUCGAAGAUCUUGGCGUUGUUGGGACCGUUUGGCGUCGCCAUGGCGCUGACCAACCCCCAGAUCGGGCUUGCCGGGAUCAUGGCCAACGUCGCCAUGGUGGAGGCGACGCCCGAACCGGAGCCCGCCGUGGUGGAACCGCUGGCGAAACCCGCCGCCGCCGACACCCCUGUCGUCGAGCUGAAAAAGAAGAAGAACAAGAAGAAGAAGAAGCGGUGA